ACGGGACAGUCCGCCAGCGGUCGUGGGUGGGGCCUGAGCAGCAUGACGUCAUACUGCAUCCAAAUUGUGCGUCCAGUAAAGCAGUUGUUGGUUUGUGUUUCAGGUGUUUCUGCCAAAGAGGAAUUGUCAGUGAAAGAGGGAGAAUCUGUCACUUUAGAUUCUGGUGUAAUAAAAAACCCAAAUGAUCUGAUGGCAUGGCAUUUUAAUGAAACUUUAAUUGCUGUAAUCACUGGAAGUCAGAGUAAGAUCUGUAUAGACUAUCAGUGUGUCUUGAGAUUUAGCAGCAGACUGAAGGUGGAUCAUCAGACUGGAUCUCUGACCAUCAUGAACAUUAGAACCACAGACUCUGGACUUUAUAAACUACAGAGAAGCAGUGGCAUCAUAAAGAGCUUCAGGGUUACUGUCAUUGGUGUUUCUGAUUUUCAUGUAAAUGGAGUGAAUCUGAACGAGGGAGAUUUAGUCACUCUGCAUACUGAUGCUGAAACAGACCAACAAGCAAAGAUUAGAUGGUAUUAUGAAGACAUUCGUAUAGCUGAGAUCAGUGGAGAUCUCAGUGAUAUCUGUACAGAUGUUCAGUGUAAUAAUGGCACUGAGAGAUUCAGAGACAGACUGAAGGUAGAUCAUCAGACUGGAUCUCUGACCAUCACAGACACCAGAACCACAGACUCUGGACUUUAUGAACUACAGAUCAUAAACAGAAACAACAGCAACAGUACAAAGUUAUUUAGUAUCAUUGUCAGUGAUGUUCCUGCUGGAAUAAAGAGAAAGUCUGUGAAUGAGGGAGAAUCUGUCACUUUAUCUACUAGUGUGAUAAAAUACCCAAAUGAUGUGAUGAUGUGGUAUUUUAAUGACACGCUUAUCGCUGAAGUCACUGGAUAUCAAAGUAAGAUCUGUACAGAUGAUCAGUGUAACAGAUUCAGAGACAGACUGAAGGUGAACUAUAUGCCUGGAUCACUGACCAUCACUAAGACCAGAACCACAGACUCUGGACUUUAUUAUUUACAUAUGAGCAGCAGGACCGUCAGGAUCAGCAUCAUUAGGAGUUUCAGUGUUACUGUCACUGAUCCAGGUCUGUCUUUCUUUGCUUUAUUUGGAAUAUGUGGUGUUUUUAUGGGGUCAGCUGUCAUUGUGUGUUUUUGCUGUUGGAAAUGCUUAAGUAAGAAACCGGCAACAGGAAGCAGUGCAAGAUACUAUACCACUGAAUAUGAUAUUUGAAAUCAAAACCAAAACAAACAAACCCUUCCCUUCAUUGCUCUGCCCCCAAAAUGCGAGAGUGGAUGUCUCUUUAUCAUAGCUGAAGCGAAGCAAAAUAAUGCUUUGCAAAACAUAAGCGAUGACAACGAAUGAACGACAAGAGAUAACAAAAACUAACAUACAGCACACAAGCGCAUCAGUAAGAGUUGGUUGUUAGUCACCAUACUGCAUGCCAGAUCCAGACAAACAUUGAAAACUCAAACUGUUCUGUUACUUCAGCUAAUAUUUCAACAACAUCAUAUCAAUCUCUCUGUCAUUCUCGUGGAGAGUUAUAAAUCUCAGCAACAUCAAAUGUGAUGAUUUGUUUCUCAAUGCUGACUUUUAAGCUCCAUAUUUCCAUAUUAUGUCUCCAUCUUAAUAUAUUUCAGUAACAUCAGUGUUUAGAGUAACAAAAUCUCUCUUCAUCACACUGACUGUAUUUCAUUUGUCUCAAGACCAAACACACCUGAAGAACAAAUUAAGAGUUUUGUUGGUUUACAAAUCCUGAA